AACAAAAAUGGCUAUUGAUUCAAUGAAAAUUUACUCAACAAUAAUUUGUUUUAUGGUUAUGAAUUUUUGUACCAAACAAACAGUAUCAUCAUAUUCAAAUCGUCCAAUUAUAAUACCAAGAAAAUUUACAUUAGUUACAAAUUAUUUUGGUUAUAAUUUAUUAAAUCAAUUAAAUAAUGAACAAUCUGAUAAUGAAAUACGAAAAAAUAUACUAAUAUCACCAUUAAGUUUAACAACAACAUUAACAAUGUUACAUCUAGCCACUAAUGAUGAUUCGGAUGCUAAUCAACAAUUAGAAUCAUUAUUAGCAUUUUCAAUGGCCAAUAUUAGUCCUGAUCGUAAUCGUGAACGUGAAUUGAUACGAAAAAUUUUACUCAAAACAAAUGAUCUUAAAAAUACACGUGCAUUAAUUACAAAUCAAACAUUAAAAAUUAAUCUUGAUUAUGCACAAAUGAUACAAGAUUAUUUUAAAGCUGAAAUUAUUAUCAAUCAAAAUCCAUCGGAUUUUAUUUUAAAUGGUUCAACAUUAAUCGAACAAAUACCGGAUUCGAAUGAAGCUGUUGUAUUAUUGGAUGCAGCAUUUUUUCAUGGUAUCUGGUUAAAUCGAUUCGAUAUAACGAAUACAAAACCGGCAACAUUUUAUGGUGCAAAUUAUGUUACAUAUGAUAAUGUUCCAUUUAUGAGAUUAAAAGCACCAGUUGCUGUUGUACCAUUAGAUGAAAUUGAUGCAGCAAUGAUUGAAUUACCAUUCAAAGAACAACGAUAUGCAUUAUAUAUAAUAUUACCAUCACGUAUUAAUGAUGAUCUUUCAUUAAUUCGUCGUGCAAUUAAUCCAUGGUAUAUUGAAACAAGUAUACGUCGUAUGGAUGUUUAUGGAAAAAUUUUAAUUGAAUUACCAACAUUCGGUAUUGAAGCCGAAUAUGAUCUCCGUGGUACAUUAGAACGAAUGGGUGUUCGUGAUAUAUUUCAACCAAAAAUGGCCAAUCUAUCAUCAAUAAUAACGUAUCAGGAGAAUAUUUUUGUCAAUGAUAUUAAACAUAAAGUACGAAUGGAAUUUGGUGAAAAUGGAAUCGGACCUGUUGAUUCGAUGUUUACGAAAAAACGUAAAUCCAAAUCCAAAUCUAAAUUAAUUAAUGAUUCAAAAAAUGCUGCCCUUUCAUUUGAUCAUCCAUUUUUAUAUUUUCUACGUCAUACUCGUACCGGUACAAUUCUGUUGAUUGGUGAAAUUCAUGGAUUCUGAACAGAUUUUUUUAUUUUACCGAAUCAGAAUUUUUUUUGUUGGAUGGAGAAGCUUCAACGCCAUCUAUUAUUGCGAUUCUCAAUUCAUUGUUUAUAAUUUCCAAGAUUGUUUUUUUUUUGUUGUUGUGAAAAAUCC